AGGAAGGGGGAAACCAUUUGUGAUCAGAUCGUCAGGAAGAGACAUGUCCCACCGGAUUCAAUCUCCACACCUGGAAUCCCCACAGACUGUUGACCUGUCAGAUCCUCUGGCUGCACAUCUGGACUCGUUGAGUCCCUCAGUGAUUGACCCGCUGGACUUCCUGGAGCCGGAUGAGCUGCUGCGCUUCCUCCGCUGUAACAGAACAGUGAUGUCCUGCAUGGAGAACCCGGGAACGUUCCUCUGCCAACUGCGGGACCACGACCUGAUCCCGGAGGACAGGUACAGGAAAGUGAGUCGCAUGAAGAAAAAAGAAAACAUGAGGACAGCCCUGUAUGACCUGCUGGACUGGGUGGAGCGGGAGCGAUCCCAGCACAUCCGCCUUUUCUGGAGCUGUGUUUUCAAAGACACCAUCCUGAACGUCUACCCAACCCUGCGACUGCUGCGUAACAGCCUCAUGGACGGAUCUUUCCAGUUUAACACGCAACUGCCCGAGAAGGAGAAGGAAGAAAUUGAUAAAAGGAAAAAGAAGGAGCUCUCUGCAGUUGAGGAGGAAGAGGAGGAGCAGGUGAGCUCAGUGAAAAAGAAGAGGAAGCUGUUGAGGAGGAGCAUGUGCGAGGAGGAUGAUGAGGAGCAGCAGCCCGGUCCUUCCUCUCAGCUGACUUCACGUCGGAGGAAAAAGUCAGAGAAAGUGUGUUUCUCAUCUCCGAUGAAGAAAGGAGAGAAAAGGGACAUUUGGAAUUGGCCAUUUUAUAAGACUCAGCUUCCUGUGACCUGUGGAUCCAAGGAGGGGAGUCUGAGCAGGGAGCGCCUGGCGAAAGGGGAGAAGUGCAUUAGGUCCCAGAAACAGUGGUUUACUCCCAGUGGAUUUGAGAAGUUUGCAGGGAAGGGAAGCUGUAAGAACUGGAAGUCCAGCAUUAAGUGUAUGGAUUCCCCCCUGGCAAGACUUAUAAAGGAUGGGCACCUGAAAUCAGCAGGACACAAAAGACGCAAUAAAACGGAAUCAAGACCGGCCAAAAGAUCCCUGUUUCCUUUUGAUGGUGCAACCACAGCUUCAGAAGACACAAGAUUGAGAUGGAUUGAGUUCAUAUAUGAUGGCAACGUUCCUGCAAGAGUUGGCAAAUAUCUGUUAGUGUGCGCUAACCACUUUCCAUCGGACUGUUUUAUCAACCUGGGCCAAUAUAACGCCGGAUACGCGAAAAGGUUGUUAUUGAAAGAGGGGUCGGUGCCAUCUUUCCGUCGCAACACUCAAGACGAGGGAAAUGUAAGUAUUUUUUUCAUAAUUCUGUUAUUUGCUUCUUUUAGACAUUUUGUGUGGAGGCUAGUGCCGUUAGCAUGUUGUGGCGUGUGUGUGAGGGGCUGGGGGCUAGCAUGUAGUGACGGCUGGCGAGUCCUAGCGAGAAGACAGCGUUGGGGUCCACGUUGCUGCUAUGGGAGCUGUAGCUACAGCUGCUGCUACGGGGAUUUAGCACCCGUUAGAUCAUCAGCACUGGGCUGGAAGUCAGCUACGGCGCCUGUAGCUAACUUCCAGCCCGGUGCUGCCGUGGAAAAAAUCAGCGGCACAGUACUCACGGGAGGACACGCGAGCGGAGGAGAGGAAAACAGUGUGGAGAGCCACAAUGAUGGUGAUGAUGUUGAUGAUGAUGAUGAUGAUGACGAUGAUGAUGAUGAUGAAAAUGAGGAGGAUGAUGUGGAAAACCAGGAGGACCGGGUUUCUUAUAGCAACAAAGAGAAUUCUCCGGACGUCACAGAUAAAAAUGGAGCGACUGAGAACCAGACGGAGCCAGAAGUGGGCAAAGUAUUCAAAGUGACAUGUGGAGGUGAAGCUGGGACUUUACACCAAAAACGAUUCGCAUCAGGGAAUCGUGGAAAAUGUUUUCGAACAGAGAGGAGCUGGUUGACCCCAAUAGAGUUUUUAAAGGAGGCAUCAAGUCAGACUGGCUUCUGGAAGAAAAAGAUCUUGUGUGAAGGAAAACCACUCUGUGCUCUCAUAGAGGCUUCAGUCUUGAAGGUCUGCUCCCUGCUGUGUAAGUGCAGACUGUGCAAACCAAAUGAAACAGAUCUGAAGAUCCAGAAAAACGACGAUGAGUGCUGUGUUUGUAAAAGAGGGCAAGACCUGGUGAUGUGUGAUUCUUGCCCUUGUUCCUUCCACCAGAAAUGUCACCUCCCACAUGUAGAUGACAACCUUUUGAGUCCUUACCUGCAGGACACCGAGUCGCUGCUAGGAUAUUUUAGUGACCAGGACUGUUCUGUUCUGUUACAGGCUAACCCUGAACUCCUCGCCCUGGGGGACAGACUGCAGCAGUUAUUUCACUCACAGUUCAAAGUCGUGUUUAACAUCGAUGAACAGAGCGGUGCCUGAUGAGCAGGGAUACGUUUCCAAACUCGUUACUCAGUGGGAAAAAAGGCUUAAAAGUUACAGAGAUGCAGUUUAAUAGUUUGAUUUUGUGACUUUUUUACGGUGUAUUAAUUUAAAUAACUCAGGUGUCCAAACUUUAUCAAACUUGAGAGAAAGCACUUUGCAGUGUAGAUUGUAUUUUUUAUCAGUGUAAUUGUAGUUUCAGUAAACCCACUGUUCAGGUUAUAACACUUCUUGUGAAGAGGGAUUAUUAUGGGAUACUUCUUACCAUGUGACAACUCAAUUCAGUACUUUUUACCAGUUCACUUUCACUGUAAUGGCCAAUGUUUAAUAUUUACCAUUUGUGUUUUCCUUUUCUACCAAACUUAGUGACUUCUCCUAAUAUACUAUAAAUAUAUGUAUUUUAAAAUUUAUUUUCUCCAACGCAUUUGCAUCAUGAAAAAUAUCUGUAUUUCCACGUCACUACACUUAAAUAAAGCAUUGACAUGUUUUAUACAAAUAUAUAAUAUGUCUUUUUAUUUUAUUU